UACAUACAUAGAUACAUACAUACAUGUCUCCGUGUUUCUCUCUCCUGAAAGCAGCAGCAGCAGCCAUUUCAUCAUAAAACUACUUUCUCCGAUCAAAAAGCUUUUGAGGAAUGAAAUCAACAAUAAGUCUUCUGGAUUCUGCCGUCUUCCAACUCACCCCCACAAGAACAAGCAGGUGUGAUUUAUACAUCAUUGCAAAUGGGAAGAAAGAGAAAAUUGCUUCUGGUUUGCUCAACCCUUUUAUUGCAGCACACUUAAAGACCGCUCAAGAUCAGAUUGCGGAAGGUGGAUACUCGGUAUUGCUUGCACCACAAGCUGGAAGUAAUGCCACAUGGUUUACCCUCCAAAGUUUUGUGAGCACUCCGGAGAUUCUGGAACGUGUCUACACCAUAGAAUCUGAAAUCUUACAGGUAGAAGAAGCAAUUGCCAUUCAAGGAAACACUGAUAUUUCGAUAAAAGACCAAUACAUAAAGCCUGCGUCAAGCAACGAAGGAAACAAACCGGCAGGUGACGUCAAUGAGGAGGAGAAGGCAAUUGUUCUAUACACGGUAACAAAUCACCAACCCGAUGCGCCUGAGCUUCCCAGUCCGAGCACUAAGGAGAGAAAUUCAAAAGCCCAGCUGAUAAAUGUUCUCGAGACACGUAAAACAGUGCUGAAGAAAGAACAAGGGAUGGCGUUUGCACGCGCUGUCGCUGCUGGAUUUGAAAUCGAGAAUGUGGCAAAUUUGUUAUCAUUUGCUGAAUGCUUCGGAGCAUCACGCCUCAUGAGUGGUUGCUUGAGGUUCAUGAAUUUGUGGAAGCAGAAACACGAGUCCGGACAAUGGGUUGAAAUAGAAGCAGAAGACGCAAUGUCAGAUUGCACUGCAUCGGCAAUCGUGCAUUCAGAAACAGCAGGCACCAAUACAAAUGCUGCUGGCGGUGAGCAACAAUAUCAUUCAUGGAGGACAGCAUCCAGGUUUCCCGCCAUGGGGUAUGCAUUCUUCACCGCAAGGUGACGUACGCGUACCGGUGUAUACUACUAUCAAAAUUAUCCAGGAUUUUAUCCUCCACCGCCACAUUACCCGUCUCCGUCACCCGUUGAAGAAGAGAGCCCAGAAGUGCUGGUAAAAAGAAAUCAGGUAGAGUGGUUAUUCGCGUUAACUCGAAAACCAAGACUUCCUCAGAGUCAGCUUCUUCCGUGUUAGGAAUCAUAUGUUUACUUUGCUAUUUCUAGUAUUAGGGAGGGGGUAGUUGUAACUUUCUCUCUUAUAAAUAAGUAUGGAAUAGUUAGUAGGGAGAGAACAGAGUUUGUAAUUCCAUUGUGGAGAAGGGCUUAGACUUCGGUGAUUGUUUAUCUUCGAUUUGUAUUUCAGUUCAAUCUAUCACAAUUAUCAUAUAUCGAUUCCUAUCAUUCCGACACCGACACCAGUGAUCAUGAUCGUACACAACAACAUAAGAUCCCCAAAGAGAAAAGGUGCUGAAGAAGGUGACCGUGAAGAUAUGUAUGCAAUGGAAAAGACGCCAAAAAACUGAAAAUGAUCCAUUAUCGGCUCUCAUGCAAGACAGAAUGACGACGGUGAUAUGCAAAUGUAUGAUACAAAUGGAAGAAAGAUUGUCAACAGGGGUGCAAAUGAUGAUGAUUUUAUUACGGUAGGUAGACGAGAAGAAAUGAAUGUAAGAGACAGUAGUAACGGGUUUGAGGAGAAUGCCAAUUUGGACAAAAGUAACGGGUUGCAGCACGAUGAAGCGGUUAUGGUAUCGUUGCGCUCAACUUCAGGUGUAAACGAACGACUACAAUAUUACAAAAGGGUUGAAACUGUUUGACCUCCCGGAAAACAAAUCUAAUAAGCCCCCAGAUGUUAAAUAUGAGCCUGAUGCGUUAAGCUUGAUGCCUGAACGAGAUGUUGGAAAUGAAAAUAUUGGGUACGAUCCUGCUAUAGACUAUGAAAUGCAGUUAGCGGCUUCGGCUUCACGUGAUAAAACGAGCAAGCAAGAUAAGAAAGGAUCAAAAAGUAGUGCAGAAAAGCACCAACUCUCGAAACCGAACCAGGGUAUGGUAAGAAAGGUAAGACCAUCGAAGGUGAAUAAUAAUAAUAAUAAUAAUAAAAGUACCCUAGAGGAGGAGGCACGUGCUGACAAACUAAGAUCCUAUAAAGCUGAGCUCCAGAAAAUGAAGAAAGAAAGAACAGCAAGAUGCCGAACAAAAAAGACUUGAAGCAUUAAAGAUGGAGAGGCAAAAGAGAAUUUAUGCCAGGACCACGAAUUCCAGCAAAAAACAGUUACCAUCACCGUCAUCAUCAACAUCUAAACUUUCACCGAUCUCCCACAUGCGUGGGUCCACCAAAUUCACGGAUUCCGAGCCCGGCUCAUCAUCACCUCUCCAAAGGUCGAAAAUAAGACCUCCCAUCAACAAUUCAAAAAAACCUUCGACAAAUUCAGGCGCAGGGAAUAGGAUGACUAGAUCCUUGUCGGAUACAAAGAAAGAAUUGACUUCUGUUAGUAAGGCUUCUUCGUCUAUGACUUGCAUUAGAAGGCUAUCCGAGCCUAGAAAGAUCAACAACACCACUAGCACUCCUCAUACUAAGACAAAGAGUGCAGAGUCUGUUUCGAAACCGAAACCAAAACCGUCCAACGGGUCAACUGAGACCAAAAAGAUUUCUGAACCAAGCAAGGUGAAGGUGAAGGUGAAGCCCUCUGUAGAAGAAACUACUUCUGAAGUUGCUAAACUGAAUUUAAACAACAGAUUGAGUGAUGCUGCUAACGACAACAGCAGCCCUGUUGUUAUUGACAAGACUGUUGUUAUGCUUGAAGAACAUAAUAAUCAAUAACUAACAGUGAUCAUAGAACAGGGGUGAACAUUCAUGAAGUGCCUACGGAAACUGUUGAUAAGGGGACCAUUUCAGUCCAUCCUACUACAUCUUCUGAGGGACCGUCCGUGCACUUUUAUCUUUUUGAACCUGAGGCUCCAUGAUACAUCGUUGAAUUUGGGUGUGUGUGGAGGAAGUUGGGAAAAAGUACGAAGCUCCUUAUGCGCGCGUAUCAUCUUUUGAAGACCAAUCUACCAGGAAUUCAGAAUACGCGAAAGCAGUGCCUCAUCAUCAGGCGGCGUUUGGUGGAAAUGGAACUGCAGCGUAUGUUAGCAACCUGAAGAUGGAAAAGAUCCCUGAAAAGCCGCAAUCGAAAGGCGGAUUUAGACGACUUGGAAAGAAAACCCCGUCAGUUCAACCGCCGCCGCCUCAAGUUGAUACCUUGAAGUCCUUAAUCUCCGCCGAUGAGCAUGCUCAGAAGUCUUCAAGACGUUUAUUCUCGUUCCAGUUUCGUGGGGAAAAGAAAGCAACCAGUUCUGGUUCCUGAAGAUGCGGAUGGAUUCAAAAUCUAUCUACCUGGGUUUGGGUUGGACAUUUCUUUCGAUCGUUAACUUUUGUUCUAAAACAUCAUUUUUAGGCUAAUCGUUUUCAUUGGUUUGGUUGCGGGAUAAGGGACUAUGAUCUUUAAUACAUGCCUUGCACCCAAGUCAAGGACUCAAAGCUUUACCACCCAUAAACCCAUCUUAAAUAGAAGUCUGCUUUACCUUUGCUAAA